CAAAACUGGCUUUCUAUUUUGCAACCGCCAUUACUUAGCACUGUCGGCCAGAUCACAUUGCUAAUCGCCGAUAGCGCCAUCCUCUCCAAAACCCUUUUCGCCUCUUGAGCUUUGAAUUUAUGGCGCAAAGUGACUUCCUUCGGCCGCCGAUGAAAGCAAGGAAGAAGAAGAAGCGAGAGAGUGGCUCGGAUGAACAAGGGCAACAAAAUGGAACCCGUAAUGAACUUCUCCAAGAUCCUUUCGAGGUUUUAGGUCCUGAUCUGUUAAUGACGAUACUUAGCUACGUUGAUGCACGCAGCGUGGCACUUUCUCUCCUUGUCUCUCGAUCUUGGUACGCCGUAGCUUCCAGCGAUCGCCUAUGGAGUUCGAAGUGCAUGGAACUGUGGCUCGGGAAAGCACAUAUCCCUAGAUUGGCACGAACCCGAAGUUUUUCAAGGCUGGCUGCCUAUUCAUUAUCCAUCAUGGAUGGCAAACGAACUCGCAUUAUGAGGGAGGAUUUAUGUGCUCAUGCCUGGCAAUUUCACUUCAAUAAGGAAGCUCCCAUAUACUGGCGGAAUCUUGAUCCGUAUUGGCAAGGUAGCCACCCUCUGAUGCGCCGAUAUUUCCAUCCUGAUGGGAGCCAAACUGCUGAUCCUGAUGAUAGAGUAUGGGGUGGGCAUGAAUGCUGCUUUUCCACGGUUACAAGUUUCAUCGGCGAUGGGGAGAUGAGAGAACACUAUGUGAGGAUAAACAGAUGGCCAAGAAUGUUUGUGUCAAGGAAUGAAGAUUGGAGCUGGAAGAUGUCGAAUCAUUUCACCUCGUACUCAAGCAUAGCCGAUGCCGACAAGGAUAGCGGGACGGGGCCACUGUAAUGGCUGGUGAGAAAAAUGCUUGUUUGCUCUUUCUAGUAGAGGCUGUCGUUUUACUGUUAACAGAAUUUUUGGUAGCAUGGAAAAGGAAUGGGAGUGGACUUUGGUUUUUUCCUGAGAAAAUGUAUGUAUAUGUUUCUUACUAGCAAGCAUUAGGAUUUGAAAUUUAUAAGUUGAGUGAAUUUGUUUUUCUCAAGUCAUAUACUUGUUAAUAUCACUUAUCAUUCAGAUA